AUGGAGACAGCGGAAGACUUGGAAAAAAGAUUGGCCGAAGAAGUGGGAAGCUUGUCCACUAGGUUAGUCACUGCAGUCAAUAGGCAAGUUGACUUGGAGGAAACAAAUAUCCAACUCCGCAAGCAGAUAAGCAAACUUGAGGAAAUGAACAAGUCGUUGAUCAAGAAUGACGAAAGUUAUAAAAUCAUACUACCCAAGUACCUCAAAUUACAAGACGACUUCAAGGAUAUAAAUAUCAAGAAAGAAGUUGCAGAAUCUGAGAACACGAAAUUGAAAGGCGAAGUCGAAGAAUUGACAGCAUCAUUGUUUGACGAAGCAAACACAAUGGUAUCCAAUGCUUCUAGGGAAACACACAAUUUCAAAAUUAAAAAUAGAAAAUUGUACGAGGAAAUCGACGAAAAGAAUAUUAUCAUCGCCAACUUACAAGACCAAUUGCAUGAUUUAAAACAGAUGUUUAUCAAGAUUGAAGACCAACAACGGCUAAUGGCGUACACAAAUACAGGCCACAACACACCGAAAAUGGAGAGCAAUAUGGAGUUUCCAUCUCCAGGUGAUGUUACCGGAGGUGAUGUAGAGGGCGAAGAUCACAAAGACAAACUUCAGCUUCAUCUUCAGCAAUUGGCCGAUUGCUUAUAUUCACCACAAAUUGCAGCAAUCAGAUUUGAUCUCAACAACUACAACAAGGAUUUCAAAGGUUUUAUAUACAAUUUAAUCAAACCAGACUUUCAAUUUGAUUUAUCCCAUUUGAAAAACCUUACAUUCUUCAAGAAUAUAUGGACGUACGAGAUUGAAACUGCAGUGGGGUAUAUACCACCUUUACCUCAAACUUCGAUCCUCAACCGAUGGCAAAAGGGUAAGAUUUUCUGGAACUCGCUUGUUGAUGGACGUAUUUCAAUCGAGCCUAUCAAAGGCUUUCAUGAACGGAAACUGAAUUUGGCAUCUUCACAAAAUGGCCCAUUGAACAAGGAACUAUUAUCCAUGGCAAUUAGGGAACCGUGCAGCUUCUGUGGCGAGUUCCGCGAUGAAGCUUAUGAGCAUUGCAGAUUCCAUACAUGCAAAAUCUACGAUGUAGAUGAGACAGUUAUUGCACAGUACCCCUUGUGUAACUAUUGCGUUAUAAAAUUACGCAACUUGUGUGACUUUUUCGCCAAGAUCCGUUUGAUUAGAUCAAAUAUUUUCAAGUUGCAUCCAAACGCUGCAUUUGAAGAGUAUGGCGGUACUGGAACCGGAUCGUCGACUUUUUACAAGAGGACCAAUUCCAGUCUGUCUACAACAGCCUCGACAUUUGCAGCAAUGACGUCAGCUUCAUCUGCAUCGUCUUCAUCAGCGGCAGCAAAAGCAGAAAACCAAAACACAUCUUCAUCACCCAAUUCAUCUGGGUAUGGGUAUGGGUCUGGGUCAGGGAAUAAUAAUUCACAUGGUACCGAUAACGAUUUGAUGAAUGGCCAUGUGCACGGAAUCGAUCUUGACGUGGCUGAGGAGUCUAAACUUAUCAAAAUUUAUCUUAUGCUAACAUUGAUUAGACUCAAAAUAUUCUGGGGUCGGUUGGGUGUAUGGGACAAUGUUGACCAAAUUAAUGAAGUUAAUUUGGAUGAAGUUAACCACGAGUUGUUUAUUCACCUCAUACCUGCAUCAAAGAGGAAAAAAUUGGUUCAAGAUAGUUUGCCAAACUCUCCUAGACAAGGAACAGUACGAGAAAGCUUUGAUAAGUCCCAUACUAAAACUGUCAAAGAGCAAAAGACACUGGCCAUUGAUGGUGCUGAUUCUAAAACCACUUCCACAAUAAUCAAUGAUGGCAAUAGCGAUCAAAACCAUAGUGAUCAUAAUAACCAACUGGCUCAAUUGAACGAAGGACAGAAUGAUUCUGCCCCUCUGGAGAACAGUAUUGAUCAAACUGAAGACCAAACCACUAUCGACGAUCACGAUAUUCCCGGCAGUUUUAUCUUUGACUCAGCACCUAAUAAUGAUUUUGAUAAUCUGACCGUUACCGGAGUAGUAAACUUGAGUAUCAAUGCUGAUGAAGACAAAGACACAAAGGAUGAAGGAGAAAAGACUACAGGCGGAAUAGAGAAUGAAGAAGACCCUGUUAAGGCACCAAAAUUGAGAAUACCAAUUGAAGAUGACGAGUAUGACGAUGAUACGGGAGACGAAGAAUUUAAGGACUCAAGUAACGAAGUAAAAUCUCGAAUCUCUAGUCGCGGGGCGACUCCAAAUAACGCCAAUACACCAACAAUUACGGCGGAGAAAGAUUCUGGGUUGAAACGGAGCAAGUCUAAGAGCAAACAAUUUAAAGAGAAGAUUGACAAGGACUUGAACCAAACUUUGGAGAUGUUGGCUGAAAAUAUGGAGGAUAUACAGUAG